ACGAACGAGAGUAAACAAACUACGAGAGCCAAAUUGUUCUGUAUGAAAGAGCUUUAUAGCGAGGCUAGAGUCUACCUACGGCUACGUUUAUAGUGAAUUAAGUAAUUUAGGCGAAACAUUGGAGCACCGGAAUAAGCUGAAAAAUAUGGAAUCACUAUCGAAGCCCAGCAAAUAUUCAUCUCGUCUCAGGCCAAGAAACAGUCAAUCAUCCUGUGUUGUUCCUCAAUCUAUUGUUGAGACAGAGACACCCCAUAGUCUUUCAUCUGGGAAGGAUGAAUUGCAAAAGGAGGAUGACCGCAUACAAGCUAUGAACACUGAUGUUGAAGGUCCCUCUAAAAGAAGUUUUUGUUGCACAUCAAUUGGAAUGGAAAAAAUAAAAUUAGAAAUCAUGUUAGACCAAAAUAAAGUAGAUAGAUAUACAGAUGAAGGAUUUUCCAAAGAGGAAUGUUCACCUGAAAGUCCUGAAACUAGAAGAGAGAGAAUAGACAUCAUAUCUCGUCAGUGUCGCCUGCACCCAGCCAACAUGAAGUACAACCAAGGCCCUGUGGAAAAUCCUACCCCAAUCACCCCAGGAACGAUGGUGGGAUACACUCCUGCUGGCCAACGACAUGAAGUAGAUCUCAAUUUUGGUAGACCUUCAUCAUUCAAUUCAGAAUAUGCACGUAUGCAAUGGGAUUAUGCCACGAAAGUCAAUGUGACACGGAUGUUCCAUCAAUUGGCGACAGGAACAUUCCUGCCGGAUGAGUUGGAUCCUAAUAUUGAAAGGAGGUACUUUGCUGAGCAAGACAUGAUAACCAAACAAGCUACCGAUCACUUUGAGCAAGUAGCCAACACUUCACCAGGAGCAGCUGGUUUGACUGAAGAACAACAGAUGUCUCUACCAUUUCUCGAUGCUGAGGUAAAGCUUUUGGAGCUUAACGAGUUUGCAGUGGUAAGGAUUCGAGACUUUUCUAAAGAAGUUGAUCAAAAACUGCGGAACGCCCUUGAUCUUCCAAUAACUGCACUGAUGAUCAAGAAAAAUCCUAUGAUACUGGACACUUUGGAAAUAUUGGCUUCGCAGUGUAUUUACAUUGAGGUGGCUGCCUCUGCCGGAGCCUUGCUUGAUAAAAUCAAGGGGUUGUUUCAAGUACCGGAGAAUAAAGAAUUUAGAGAAUUCUUUACCGAAGAAGUAGAAAAACUGAGAGAAAAAACAAAACACAUGACAUGUUUUGGUAUUUUUACAAUGGUUGAAGAGCCACCCGAGGAAACAGAAACAUCAGAUGACCUAAUUUACUCAAGUGAAGUAAGCCGUUUGACCCCAUUAGACUUUUUGGUUAGAUUGGAUGAAAAUGGAGCUGCAAAUUUGCCAGAAGACGAUUGGGUUGCCAUCAGUGCUGAUGAGUUUUGGAGUGAUGCGCUACCGAAUUCAGAUUCCCAUGAUAUGAACAGUAAUGUCACAGACGCAGAUGACAAUGAUUGCAGUUCUAUUUCCUACUAUAUAUCCAGUGAUGAGGAUGAUAGUAGUGUCAUGAGUGAUGAGGAUGAGGAGAUUGAGGACUUGAUAGAUUUCAAUGAAUCAUUUGCUAAAGAGGAGUAAUUUGUGGAGUGCCAGAAGAGUGCCUUCUUCAUUACCAAACCACAGUACAAUUGUCCAGACAUUGUACCAUGUAGUACAAAGAGACAGUUAAGAUAUCAUUUGUAUUAAGGUUAAAUAUGGUCCAGUUGCCUUUUUUUCAAUUCAGAUUUAUUUAACUACCUAAGUUUUUUAAAGAUCCACAUAGUUUUCAAGUUUUACCGCGGUUAAUAGGGUCGUCAGUAACAUUUUGUGCCUUAAUAGAUCCAAAAUGCUGAAAUGAAUUACUUUUAUUAAUUCUGUAAGUUGCAUGAUAGGCUACAGUAUUCAGAAAGAUAGAAGAUGAAAAAAUAUAAUAAGGCAGUCCAUUGUAGUUGUAAUGAAAAAGGAAAAGGAAUUUGGUUACCAUUAUUAAAAGUUAAAAAUAUAUGUACCAUAA